AUGUUCACCACCACGGGAAAGACGGCGCCGCCGCAGGCUUUCAUUUCCAGCUAUGCGCCGCGACUGCGAUCCCACGGCAACUCGCUCAUGUCCCCAAUUGUGCCGCCGUCAAACACGCUCCCUGCGCCGCGGAUAACGAAGCGCGGGACUGCCGUGCUCAGCUAUGCCGAAGAUGCAUACGACGACGACGACUUUGAAGACAGCGACCGCCCCCGGCGGGCAACCGGCCUGCGCAGCUUGCAAAGGGAUGCCACCAUGAACCUUGAUCAGACGGCGCAGAUAGCGGCGCUGGGGCAGGAGCUCACGGCACCUGUCGAGCUACAAGGCAUCUGGAGAGACUGGAUGGGACGUCCCAAGCGCACACUAACGGAGAAGCAGGUGCAGGUGCAGUCUGCGCUGCCCGUCACCUUGAUCCCCAUACGAAUAGACAUGGACGUCCAGCCAUUCCGACCGGAUGCGCCGCUGCCCACUCCGUCCAAUGCUCGAGACUUCGGCAUCAAUGAGAGCCUGCCAGCGUACAAGCAGCCCGACAUCACGCCUGCAUACCGGCUCAAGGACUCGUUUCUGUGGAACCUCCACGAAGCGCUCAUGACACCAGACCAGUUCGCAAAGCAGUUUGUUGACGAGCUCGAUCUGCCUACCGACCGCAAGCCGCAGAUCAUAUACAACAUCGCUGGUCAAAUACGACAGCAGUUGGAGGAGUAUGCUGGAGUUGCUCUGCACCCUCUUUUCCACUCGACUGCCGCGCCAUCCCUCCAAGGCACUACCGCGAAGUCAACACUACUCCUUGCAACUCGCGACGGAACCUCCACGCCUGCGCUGCCACCAACAAAUGGUGCGUCGACCCCUAUAGCAAACGGCGCUCUCCAGACAAAUGGUGCAAACACCCCCGCGCCUACUGCGAUACCGAACAGCAUUGCCGCCUCAGCCACGGCGUUACCUUCCGAAGAGCUUCACAACCCAGAUGACACCUACCGUUGCAUAGUCACGCUGAACAUCAACUUGAUGAACCGCCUGUACACUGACAAAUUCGAGUGGUCGUUGCUGCACCCUCCUGGCUUUGCCGAGAUGUUUGCGCAAGUCACAUGUGCUGAUCUAGGCUUGUCCGGCGAAUGGGUGUCCUCGAUGACCCACGCCAUUUACGAGGCUGUGCUGCGGUUGAAGAAAGAAGCCUGCGAGAACGGUGGGCUUGUUGGAGACGGAGAGAUUGAUAACGACGCCGUGGAACCAUCCAUCGGUGCAGGCUGGAGAUACGACCAUGAGCAUCUCUGCGACGAGUGGGAACCCAAGGUCGAGAUGCUUUCACAAGAAGAGAUCGAGAAGCGUGAAGGUGACCGCGAAAGGCAAAUAAGAAGACUGCGAAGAGAAACAGCGCGCUUCUCGUCAACAGCAAAUAUGUCAGGCACUCCGCAGAAUGAGUUCUUCAGCAACAUUGAGCAGCAAGAGAACAUGGGUCGCGGUGAGCGAAGCAAGAAAAAGAGAAGGUUCAGAAGUCUCAGUCCUGUUGGGCGAGACACGCCUGGCGCAGGCUCCGGUUAUGGUGGAGAGGGUGGUGGGCUACAGGAAGGGGAGCGACAAACAUGGCGGUGCGCACACUGCUACGUUUGGGGCACUGCAGUGUGGGCUGUCCGCGACGGGCCACGAGGAUCACGCACCCUGUGUCACAAUUGUGGCUACUUGUAUGAACGUGACAAGAAGCUUCCACCGUGGUCGGAGAACCUGUUCUUUAACGAUCGACCGUUCCAUGAAGUUCCACAGUACAGGCCGCAGCGGUAG